UUGGCAGCGAAAAUGCGAGUCGCCGCUCUGACGCUUCUGUGCCUCGUAGGCAUGCUUUCGGCGCGCAGGCCCACCUCCGUGCAAACGUCGUCGGGUCUGGUUGUAGGCUUGCGCGUCAAAACAGGCCAUCACCACCACGUCAACCACUUUCUGGGCGUGCCGUACGCCAUGCCCCCCGUGGGAGCCCUGCGAUUCGCUCCGCCUCAGCCACUGGAUGACGCGGGCAGCGCGGUAUUGGAUGCGAGCCGCCACGGACCCUCUUGCUUCCAGCCGGCUCACCUGAAAGAACUGAUGAGCAGCUUUUUGGACACCGACUCCGAGAUGAGCGAAGACUGUCUGACCCUGAACUUGUACGUACCUGAUUCGGGAGAUACAGGUCGGCUGCCUGUGAUCGUUUGGCUUCCUGGAGAGGGUUUCGACUACGCUAUUGCUCGCCAGUUUGACGGCAGCUACUUGGCCGUUCAUUCGAACGCCAUAGUUGUCACGGUCAACUACAGGGUGUCUGCCUUCGGAUUCCUCGCUGCACUGACGCCCGAUGCUCCGGGAAACGUUGGACUUCACGACCAGCGUAUGGCGCUGCGGUGGAUCAAGAAGAAUGUCGCUCGCUUUGGUGGCGAUCCCGACAAGAUUACCGUAAUGGGCCGUUUCACGGGAUCUAUGAGCAUCAGCAUACACAUAGCCACACCGAUUAAAGAGAAGCUUUUCGAGAAAGCAGUGAUGCAGAGCGGCAUCGCUGUAGGGGACUACGUCUUCGACUCCGAUCCCCUCAAUACAACGGAGAAGCUCGCCAGUGCCCUCGGCUGCCCCUCGGCUGAUUUCAGCGACGAUAUGGUCACAUGUCUGCGAAACGUGUCGGCCCCGGAGUUGCUGCGUGCCACAGCCCGCAUUGGGAAGUUUUUCAAGCCCGUGAUGGACGGUGUGCUGGUCGUGGAAGAGCCGCUCGAGGUUGUGAAGAAAGGUCGUCACCAAGCCGUUGAUGUCAUCAUCGGUACAAACCAGCAUGAGGGAUCGCUGUGUUUCUUAACGCUGCAGUACCUCAAGUCACAAUUCUUCGAGCGCCUCAUACAAAACAAGCUGACGACGCAAGAUGUAGCCGACAUGGUACAGUUCCAUCUGCGCGACUUCAAAGUCCGAGAUGAUGACGUGCUUUCUUUGCUCGUUCAACACGAGUAUCACUAUCAGCACAUCAGAGAAGGUCUGCGAGCUCAGUAUGUCCAAUUCUGCGGUGACAUGUACGUGGCGUCCCACGCCGAACAGAUGGCCCGCCUACUAGCUCACCACAAGAAGGGCUCGGUGUACGUCUACCAGUUUUCUCACCGCCCAUCAUUCUCCAAGCAGCCAGAUUUCAUUGCGGCAGCCCACGGAGACGACGUGCUCUUCGCCAUGGGUCUCGUUCUCAAGCAGCACGACCUUCCCAAGCCCGAGGCAAGGCUGAGCAUCAAGCUCGGUGCUUCCAUUGGAAACUUUGCCCUCAACAGUGAUCCGAGUAUUGUUGGUGGCGCCCAUGACCUUCACUGGCCCGAGUACACGGAGGAGAACCAAAUGGUUAUGCACUUCACCACUGGCCACUGCGCCGCCCGUCGCAGCGUGCUCGGCCGGGCCGUCGCCUUUUGGCACGACAUCGUCCCACUCAUGAAGAUCACCCGCGCGCUGGAAGUGCCAGCAGCCGAGCCGCACUCCAUAAGCUCGUCCCAGGUCUUUGUAUUCGAGCCGAGUCCACACAGCCUCCGAGCCAGUGAAACAACGCAGCAUAGCACUGUCUAUGUCGUUGUGGCCCUCGCCCUGUGUAAUGUCCUGCUUCUAAUUGUAUCAGCCAUCAGCAUCACCAAGCUGCGCAGUACGCAGCACUGCAGGUACGAGACGCUGGAAAAGCUGUGAGGAGGAACUUCAGUGCCUCAUUCUGUUGUACAUAGUUCACUCGUAUAUCCCACAACCAUGCAAGCCCAUUUGCGUUACAAGUUGCAAACUAUAUUUAUGCGAGAAGCAUGCUCAUCUCACGAAUGGUCCAACUCAUUUUCACUCACACCUCACUUGUAAAUUAUAUCAUCUGAUAAAAGUACUUUUACCUAUGUAUAUAAUGUAAAUACUUUUAGCCCUGUACAUACUUGAAAAAAAAACGUACAAACUUGAGUUGCGCUCACUUACUUUAUUAGCGAUGUUUUCAAUGGAGAAAAAGUCAAACUGAUGUGCCUACUAGCGAAGCGCAACGUGAAGAAACAACUAUGCGUGCAUGUUGCUUAUAUCACUAUGUAAGAGUUUUACGGUGCAUUGUAAAUAGUGCUGAGAACUGCUCUAAGCAGCUGGGUGCCAUGGGCUCUAGUCAAUGUCUUGUCAUCGACUUCCGCACUUUGAAAGAUCUGUUGCCUUUGAAAAUGCUACGGUGUAAUUAAAAACCUUUCUUUGAAAUA